GGAGGGGAUAAGAGAGGUUUGGGGGAGCAGGCUGAGGGCUGGGGGCUCAGAAGGCAGCGUCUGGGGCGUCUCCACCAUGGCCUGGGCUCUGCUCCUUGUCACCCUCCUCACUCAGGACACAGGAUCCUGGGCCCAGUCUGGCCUGACUCAGCCUCCCUCAGUGUCCGGGAAUCUGGGACAGACGGUCACCAUCUCUUGUGCUGGAACCAGCAGUGACAUAGGGAAAUAUAACUAUGUCGGCUGGUACCAACAGCUCCCAGGCACGGCCCCCAAAACCCUGAUUUAUGAUGUCAAUAAACGACCCUCAGGGAUCCCUGAUCGCUUCUCUGGCUCCAAGUCUGGCAACACGGCCUCCCUGACCAUCUCUGGGCUCCAGGCUGAGGACGAGGCCGAUUAUUACUGUAGUUCAUAUAGAAGUGGUAACAGGUGUGCUGCGUUCGGCGGAGGGACCAAGCUGACCAUCCUGGGUCAGCCCAAGUCCUCGCCCUCAGUCACUCUGUUCGCGCCCUCCACUGAGGAGCUCAACGCCAACAAGGCCACCCUGGUGUGUCUCAUCAAUGACUUCUACCCGGGCAGCGUGACGGUGGCCUGGAAGUCAGGCAGCACCACCAUCACCAAGGGCGUGGAGACCAGCCAGCCCUCGAAACAGAGCAACAGCAAGUACGCGGCCAGCAGCUACCUGGCCCUGACGGCCAGCGAGUGGAAAUCUUAUGAGAAGGGGGUCAGCUGCCAGGUCACGCACGAUGGGAAAACCGUGGAGAAGACAGUGUCGCCCUCCGAGUGCCCUUAGGUCCUGGUCCUCACAUCCUCAGGGGACUGGAGCCACAGGACCCCUGGAGGGUCUACCCACCCACCCUGGUCCCCCCAGCCCUUCCUCCUGCACCCAAUCAACUCUCAAUAAAAUGUCCUCAUUGUCAUUCAGAA